AUGGAUGUUUUUGUGCCAGUGGCGUGCCACCCCGGUUACUUUGUGGUCCAGCUCUGGCAGGAUCUGCAUAAGCUGGUGGUGUUGAUGGGAGAAAUGGUUCUUUACUACAACCAAACAGCGAACACUAGCAGAGCCGUGCACAUCCAGAAGGGAGAAGUGUACGCUGCCAAAAUAGACAAGAAUUGGCACCGUGUGCAGGUGAAGGCAGUCCUGUCCAACGGAUUGGUUAAUGUCUAUGAGCUGGAUUACGGUAAACAUGAGCUGGUCUCUAGCACUCUCAUCCAGCCUCUAAUAGAAGAAUUCAGACAGCUUCCUUUACAGGCUGUUGCUGCACAACUGGCAGGUGUGACGCGCCACCACUGGUCAGAGGAGGCCUCCAUGUUGUUCAGGAAUCAUGUGGAGAAGAAGGCACUGGUAGCGCAGGUGGAGAGCGUGCGUGAUGUGCCAGAGGUUAAAGGUGAACUGUGGGAGCGCAGAUUGGCAGUUUACCUGGUGGACACUUCACUGAAGCAGGACCUUUGGAUACACAGCAUCAUGGCUGACAUCGAAGACGAGCUGUCUUCAGCUGCAUAGGAUGUUCACUCCCAACACCUCGGCAAUACCAUCAACCAGACCGCUGACUCAAAGAUGAACCAGUUAUUG